CCAAGGCUACCUAACGUCAACUAACGUGCUACGCGAUCGUGAUCCCGCCGUCGCCAAGCCAGGCGCUCGGUUAUUGCCUUUGCAAGCAGGCAACGAUCUGUUCAAUAUGCUGCCAGACACAGAGCCAUGUGUCUUUAUCUAUGGUCCAGAAUCCACUGUGGUUAACAACAUUAUUCACAAUAUGCCUGGAUCAUCACUGGAUGAGAGAAGCAGUUCAGAUCUGGUUGUUUGCUAUCCUUGGCAUGUGGACAAUAAAUACUACACUGCUGAUGUUUUGCUGUGCCAUGUUCAGAGAAAGGGUCUUCCAGACAAGAAUUUGGCAGAUAGGUGUGAAGCUGUUGUCAUCUACUUCAACUCUGAUGAGGCCAAUGGACUGGAUGAAGUGGACUCAAUAUUGGCAUUCACCAAGGAAUUUGAGCCAGAUGUUUGCAUUCUUGUGUGCAACACCUGCCAUGAGAAUACUCCUGUCUCCAGGUUACGAGCGCAAGAGUGGUGCGUCGGUCACGGCUUCGAGCUUGUAGAACUAAGCCCCUCAGAGGAGGCUGAUCCCGACGACGACUUUCCGGAGACGACCGGCGUACAGCGGAUCACGCAGGCACUGCACGCGCACACCUGGUCUAACCUCGUCAUGAAAGACCACCGGCCGGAGGUGUCCAACCGUCUGCUGGACGAGCUGACCGAGGAGCGGCCGAGCGCCGUCCCGACGGCGGCCGCGCCGGCGCCGACGCCCGCCGACAACAGAGAUACGGACGCCGUCGACUCGCUGGUGUCGGAGAUGGCCGCGAUGGUGGGGCCCGCCGCUGGCGCCGCAGGCUCGGACGGCGUUGACGACUUCGAAGCACUUUUCUCGCAGCUGGCCGAGCUGCGCGCGGCGGCGGCGCGCGUGCCGGAGAGCCAGCGACACGACUACGCCGAGCGGGUGGCGAUGGCGUUCCUGCGCUCCAUGGGCGGCGACGAAGACGAGCCGACGGCCGACGACUCCGACUGAGCGCCGGGGCGGCUGAGGUCGCCACCCACGCGCGGCUGUGUGUGGUGUCGGCCGUGCUGAUGAGGGGUUCAUGUGUGGAUCAGUGCAUUUCGUGAGAGCUGUUGCUUUGUUUUGAUAUGUUGUUUUGGCAGGCGUGGGCGAUGAAAUGACUGCCGGUUUAUGUAUGUGGCAGCGGUCUUGCGCUUGCGGUGUUUGAGUUAUGUUCAUGGUGUGAGAGGCCUGAUGCCGAGGUGUGAGCUGACGGUGAAAAGGUAAGAACCAUUGAAGAACGUUGUGCAGUCGUUUGUUCUUUGAUUAGUUUCAAGACCAUGGUGCAAGCAUGCCUAUUUCAGCCGUUCCUGGCGUGGAGCAGCAUAUGGGGCGUUACUCGGCAUAAGUUAUUUCCAUUAGUGGUUUAGGUUGACGAACGCGUUUACCAUUUUGUCACGUACAGGACGCCGUAGGAUAAUGCAGAAAUAGUAUCAUAACGCCGUGAGAAGCGUAAUGACCUGCAUGCAUGUGUCUUUGCCAGUUCAAGGUAUUCAUUUCACCGCAUCAUUGAGGUGUGACUAAUGUACGAGGGUAUUCAUGUCGCGUCCAUAGUGCAGUCCGAAUAUUGAUGAAUGCAGAC